CAUUAAUGUGUUGCAGUCAACCACACGCAGCAGGUUGGGUGAACUUUUCUGUGAUAUGUGGACACUUGAUACAGCAAAAGAUACUUAUUCUCUUUCUGGGCUGAAAUGGAUGAAGUAAAUUUAGAAACAGCUUUAGAAAAUGUAAUACCUCAACUGGCGGAAUUUUUUAGCCAGGAUGUAGACUGGCUUUUUAAAAAGAUCCACUCAUUCCUACCAGACUUGAAUUUUGGGCACAUCCUUGAGAUAACAGACAACAAAGCUAAGGUCUCUACACUUCUCCAGGAGUUAAGAAACUCCCAUAAAGAGGCCUGGAGCCAACUUGUGCAAUGUAUCUGUAUGGAAGCGGGACUUCCCAUAGAACUGGAAAUACAAUUACUCAGUGUAACAGGAGAAGAAUGCAGUGAUUUGGAGACCUCCUCCGCUGCUGAUGUGACACAGUCCAAACGCCAGAAGCUAGAUGCUACUGAACAGUACAAGCAACAAAUCAUCAAAUCCAUACUAGAUAAAUAUGGACAUAAAGCUAGAGAAGAAACUAGAAGAUAUUUCAACCAAAUGUUUGUUGAGCCAGUAAUCCAACAAGACAAUGUGAAGAGAAAACGGGUUUCUUUAGACAAAACUGAUAAUGUUAACAUAUCUCAGCUGUUUGAAAAAAUACAUCUUUCCAAAACUCAGAUCAUUGUACUGGUGGGAAAACCAGGCACUGGAAAGACUAUGCUAACUCACAGGAUUUGUAAUGAAUGGGCUGGUGGGGGACUUGUGCAAUUUAAAUUAAUAUUUCUUUUUGAAUUCCGUCAACUAAAUUUGAUAAACAGAUUGGUCACACUCAGAGAACUUUUGUUUAAUCUGUUUAUUAAACCAGAUACAGAUGCCGAAGAAGUUUUUCAAUAUAUCAUUGAGAACCCUCAGCAUGUCCUUAUCAUCUUUGAUGGGCUUGAUGAGUUUAUAGAGCAGGUUUCAUAUGAUUCUCCAUAUAGGAUCCCUGAUUUCAGUCGUACACUUUCCAUCUCUGAGAUGUUUACAAGCCUUUUUCAUGGAAAGAUCCUUCCUGGAUCCACUAUUGUUGUGACCUGUAGAUCAAAAAUUUUAAAUGACCUUCCUCUCCAGUCAGUGGACUUUGUUGCUGAAGUUCUGGGGUUUAAUGAAGAGCGGGUUGAAAAAUAUGUUAACUUAUUUUUCCAUGCUACACCAUCUAGGGGUGAAGCAUUAGUUCAUUUAAGGGGGAACAACAAACUUAUCCACAUGUGUUUUGUGCCAGCUUUGUGUCACAUUGUUUGUGUGUGUUUGGAACAGCUGCUCAAUACUUGUACUUCAAGUCUACAACUUCCACAGACCAUCACACAGUUUUACAUGAAAAUGUUAAGCAUUUUUAUAAGGAAAAAACAAAAAACCUCGGCUAAUGAGAAUACUAUGUUAAAGACUUUUAAACAAGCAAUCUCUGGCUUAAGUAACCUUGCACUUAAAGGGAUUGAAGAGAAAAAAACAGUAUUCUACGUGGGAGAUAUUUCUAAAUACUUAAAGGGCUUUGCACCUUGGCAUGGCCUACUUUCCAUGUUUGAUGUUAAGAAGAUGGAUGGCAGCAAAGAAACAGGUUUUUCAUUUGUUCAUCUUAGUUCGCAAGAGUUUUUUGCCGCACUGUGUUUGAUGAUUAACAAAACCGUAACUGAGGACACACUACAUAAAAAAAUCACUUUAAAGUCAAAGUGGAAUUUAAAAUAUAAAUCAAAGAAUGACUUUACUGAUAACUUUCAUAUAUUUUUGUCAGGCCUGUCAUCCAAGGAAUGUCUACCUUUUCUGUAUGAAGUAGCUGAACAUAAUGAAGAUCUAGUUCAGAAGAAACAGCAAGCUGUCCAUCAGUCUAUUGCCAAACUGGCAGACACACAUCUCACUGGACCCAAACUGAUUGAGUUGUGUCACUGCACAUAUGAAACUCAAGAUGUCAACCUAGCUCAGGAAGUUGGAAAAAAAUUGCAAUUCAAAUAUGACAUAAGAAAUUUUAGAAUUAGUCCUGUUGAUAUGACAGUUUUGAUUUUUGUUGUAAACAAUGGAAAUUGUUUAGUUUCUUUGGAAUUUGCAGGAUGCCCUGUGGAGCUUAAUUGCUUUGAGAUUCUAGGCAAGUGUGAAAAUAUUCAAGAUUUAAGUUUUAAAAACAGGAAAUAUGGGGACACAUUUGCUGAAGCACUUUCCAAAAGCUUGUCAGGCAUGAAGGCACUGAAGAAACUGAGGUUGACCUCUGGACGUCUUACAACUGUUGGAAUUGAAGCUUUGGCCCAGUCAUUUCGUGGUUGUCUGCAACUCCAAGAAAUCAAUUUGCAAGAUAACCGCCUGAAAACAGAUGACUUGCUCCUCUUCUUGGGCUUGUUUGCUAAGAUGCCUCAGCUGAGACAAAUGAACCUGAGCAACAAUGAAAUCACUACGGAAGGUGUUCUUGCAUUGUCUAAGGUGGCUGCUAAGUGCCCAAGCAUCACUAAAGUGGAAAUAAGCAGUGACAGUGCGUCUGCAAUCUUCUCAUCAGAACAUACCAUGCCAUCAAGUUCAUCAGUGUCACAAACUACUAGACAUGAACCAACUGCUGGAAGAAUGACGAAAUCACUGAGCCUCACAAACUGUGGUCUGACUUUUCAACAUACGCAUGAGCUGGUCGAAAUACUCAGAGAUUGUUCACAUCUUUCUUAUGUAAAUUUAUCAGGUAACGCCUUCAGAGAUUAUGGCUGUAAAGUACUGUUCAAUGCCUUAUCCAAUAUACAUAUUUCUGGGGAAUUAAUUCUUAACAACAUAGAUAUAUCGGCAGAAGGGAUUUUAUGCAUGGUUAAUUUCAUGGUGUCCUGUCCCUAUGUAAACCGUAUGGAUGUCAGAUUUUUGCAGCAAACCACAGUGAUAUAUUUCUUCCCUGAGGGCCACAAUGUGCAACAGGAAACAAGCAUUUCAGGUGUCGCAAAGGAGGAAACAAUAUCAGAAGCUAAAGAAAAUAUUUGUGAGCCCUUAAAAGAGAUAAGGAUAACCGGUUGUCGUCUUCUCCAAAAAGACAUGCCCAAACUAUGUGACAUUCUGCAAAACUGCAGCAAUCUAGCAAACCUGGAUUUGUCGGAAAACAAUAUGGAAAAUCGAGGGAUCAGACUCUUGUGUCCGGUUUUCUCCAAGCUGAAGUGUCUACGCUUGGUGAACUUUGGGAGAUAUCAGAAGAUUGUUUUAACUUUCCAGGAGAGCAGGCAUGGGAAUUGUAUGGACAGUCACAGCUAUGAAAUUGCAGCUGGUAUACCAUGGCCAUCAAAGACGUUUAGCCUUACAAAAUGUCGUAUAUCUCCAAGGAAGCUGCAGAAGCUGUUUCAGGCACUUGAACAAUGUCCUGAUUUGCAACAGAUAAAUUUAUCAGACAAUGCUUUGAGUUUCACUAUGAUUGAGAAGCUUCUCGAAUAUUUACCACAGUUUCCAUAUUUGGCAACUGUAAACAUCAGUAGAAAUGACCUUUCUCCCAGCUGUGUCUUGUUACUGGCUAAUUCAAUCAACAAAUAUGAUCGCAUCAAAGAAGUUGAUAUCAGGUCUGUCGAGUACAUGCGCUUGAAUCUAGAGAAGGGACACAGAGCCAAUGACAUUUUCUGCAGAUUUGUGAAUUGCAACAUUGGCCAUUAUGAUGUGGAGCCUCUGAUCACAGAAUUUCAGCAGAACACUAGAUUGAGAGAAGUUAUGUUGGGCAGGAAUAGCAUAUUGGAAGAUGGACUUAUUGCACUACUUUCUUCUUUAAUGACCUGCAGAACCUUGACAGAAGUUGAUGCCUGUUUACAUCCGAAAGAAGCCAUUUGCCUUAUGUUUUCACUUAAUGGUAAUUCACAGAAGAUACUAAGGUUAGCAGAGCACAGAUUCUCAGCAGAACAUCUUAAGAAGCUCACUGUAUUACUUGAAGAUGCCUGCAACAUCUCUCAGUUAAUAUCUAAGAAUAAUACAAUAUCCCCGGAUGAUGUGAAGAAUUUUAUUAGAGUCUUCUCAAAAAAAAGUCAUGCUUGUACAUUAAGUAUUGAAGAACCAUGGGUUGGAAGCCACUGUAUCAUUGCACUGCUUAAUAAAAUCACCGAUACAUUUGUAAAUAUUAAAGCAAUCAGGUUUAACCACUGUGGAUUGGAUGAAACAAACAUGUCUAUUCUCAGUAUGUUUAAGCAGUGCACAAGGCUCUCAGUAUUAAAUUUAUCUCACAACUGCCUCCGUGAUGCAGGAAUACAAGUACUGGCAGACGUUCUACUUUCCCUGUCUGCACUAAAGACUAUUGAAAUAGAGGCUGUGAACAUGACACAUGUUGGUGUAAAACUCCUCACCCAGAGCCUUCAACGCCAUAAAACUAUCCAGAAUAUUAAUUUUUCUCACAAUGAUAUUGAGGAAAAAGGCGCCAUUGAUUUGGCAAAUAUGUUGACUGAAAAGAGGAGGCUGCAAAUAAUUAAUGUCUCCAAAUGCUUUUCUGUAGCCUGUGAAGGAGGUAGACAGUUUGUCCAAGAGCUAUCCAAAUGUCAUGAAGUUCUGGAGAUCCAUUUAUCCGCUGUCAAUCUGGAUGACGUCUCACUCUUGACAUUGUCCCAAGGACUGCAGAAGAUGCUCUCCAUAAAGAAGCUGAUAAUCAGCAACAACAGCAUUGGUUACACAGGAGUCUCUCACCUGGCAGAGUCUUUGAGCACAUGCACCUGCAUGGAAGAACUGGAGUAA